AGUACAAAGCUGCCUGCUGGAGGCUGCUCCUCAUACAGCUUCUGCCAGCAAGAUGAAGUGCCUCCUGGUCCUACUCGCCCAAGCCGCCCUCACAUGUUCUCAGGGGCCGCCACAGUGCCAGUGUGGCAUCUUUGUCAAUGAUCAAAUUGAAGAGAUCGAGGUACUUUCCUUCCCACCCAUAGAAGUGGAGGGCUGUGAAGAUGCAGAGACCUGCAGCUCCACUUGCGAUUAUGAGUGGUCCUCAGUAACCAACAACGGCGACUUGGACACAGUGCUUGAUAACGGUGAGACGGUCGGACAACACAUAUGCAACGUCUUGGCUCGUGAGGGACAUGAGAACUACGGACCUGGUGAAGUGCUCCUGUACUACAGGCUCUGCGAAGGCACAUGGCAGUACGAUGAUGAGGAGAGCAGAUUGAAUAUAUGUUGUAGCGGUGGUCAGUACCACGCCUGUGAUAACCCACCACCUCGUCCUCUCGUUGUCAAGUCUCUCUAACAGCUGACGUGACACACAAAACAUUUACUUGCUGAGAAUGAGUCUGCUUCGUUAGUUGCAUAGUCAAGGUAUAUUAUGUUCAUUUAAUAUUCAAUAAAACUUUAAUUCCGAGCAGAAUCG